AUGUCGUCCUUCAUCCGCAAACUCCAGGGCGGCAACCUGGAAGUCUUCAAGUUCGGCAUGUACGUUCUCUUCCCAAUCGGUUGGAUGUAUUACUUCGGCACGAAUCUCGACAACCGCUUCAAGACGAAGGACUUCUGGCCUACAGCCGAACAAUCGCACAAGAUCCCAAUUGAUAAGGAGGAAAUUGAUAAGGAGUUGUCUCGUAUGCGCAUGAUCGAUGGUAUGAAGCGGGAGCGCGCGGAGAAGGAGCGCGAAGCGCUGGCUGCUGUCCAGGCCCAGGCUCAGGCUCAGGCACAAUCAGAUCAAUAA